AUGGAAACAACUAACAUGUCCUUGGCUUCCCAACUGCGUGGGACCACACAGCAACAGGUCAUGCUCAAUUCCAACGCAAUUUUUUACGAACGUUUGUCCCGUAAUCUGCAGCUUACUCUGGCUGGUGAUAUUCAGCUCGGUCGUCUUGGCGGUUUGACUGUUGGUCAUGGAGAUGUGUUCAUACUGAGCUCGGACGAUCUGAAUCUAGUCAUACACAUUGUUGAAGUCGGAAAUGGCUUAGUCACCUUUCAACUUCGUGGACUGGAAUUUGUCGGUGAGUGCACCUUGUGUCAGAUUUCUGCUUUUAUCCAUAAGGAUUUCCCUCCCUCAUUUUAA